AUGGACUCAUUCAAUCUUUUAGGGAGUUUCAGUGGUUGCGUUAAUGGUUUGGCAGUUCUUUGGCACCUCCCAUUCAUCCCAUUUUGCUUCAGCCAGCUGCAACUUAAGACUGCACUUCCACUUAAACGAAAUUUUCCAUUCCUUGCAAUAUGGAAUGCACCAACGGAGCUAUGCACAAAGAAGUUUGGAAUGACUUACAAUCUGAAACCUUUUCCGAUGGUAUCCACCACACGAAGAAGUCCACUUCAGCAGGACAUUAGGAUCUUCUUCAAUGGCAUGAUUGGCUACUAUCCUCACUAUAAUGAGUUGACUGGUCAAGAGUUCAAUGGUGGCAUCCCACAGCAGGUCAAAAUGGAUGAGCACUUGCAAAAGGCCGCACAGGAUAUUGAAGGGUUAAUUCCAUCCAACACGUCCAGGGGUUUAGCAAUUAUUGACUGGGAAAAUUGGAGGCCUCUUUGGGAUCGAAACUGGCACCACAAGUUCAUCUACCAACACCAAUCCAUUGAAUUAGUCCAGCAAAGGGAUCUUUCCUUAACAAGGCAAAGGGCAGCUGCUAUUGCCAAGACUGAAUUCGAAGACGCCGCGAAACAGUUUCUAUUAAAGUCUUUGCAGCUGGGAAAGAAAUUAAGGCCAAAUCAACUCUGGGGAUAUUACUUAUUCCCCCAUUGUUACAACUAUAUGCACAAGAACAAAAAUAGAACGUACACAGGGAUGUGUCCGUCCAAUGCAAUAUCACGGAACAAUGAACUCCUCUGGCUCUGGCAAGAAAGCACAGCCCUAUACCCGAGUAUUUAUAUGUCCAGAAUAUUCAAGUCUUCCAACAACGCAAAACUUUUUGUACAGAAUCGUGUCCGAGAGGCAAUGAGAGUGGCAACAUUUUCCAAGGAGAACCAUUCUCUCCCUGUCUAUCCCUACACCAGAGUAGUCUAUCGUGAUUCUCUGAAUGAAACUCUCUCUGAGGACGACCUUAUCAGGACAAUUGGUGAAAGUGCCUCUCUGGGAGCAGCAGGGAUCGUUGUGUGGGAAAGCUCAAACAUAACUCAAAAUCAACAAUCGUGCUCAAUGUUGCAGAGUUUCAUUGACGAUGUCUUGGGUCGCUACAUCUUAAAUGUAACCCGUGCAGCCAGAUUGUGCAGCAGGGCGUUGUGCAGCAACAAAGGAAGGUGUUUAAGAAAGAACUGGGAGUCCAGUGACUACCUCCACUUGAACCCGAGCAGCUUCAAGAUACACAGAAAACGAAAUGGUCAGCUUUCAGUAAAAGGCCAAGAAUCCUUCAGUGACCUGUUGUACCUGGCUGAGAAGUUCACCUGUCAGUGCUAUGUUGGAAAAAACUGUGACUUUCAGUCCCCUGUUCGCCAACACGACUGAACUUUUUGUUGAUUCAGCACGAAACGCAUUAUUCAAGAAACAUACUUCAACUAAAAUUGUUAGUUGUCAGAUUUUACAUUAAAUGUAGAGGGAAGGAUCACUUUCACCAAAUAUGGCACAAAGAGGGGAGGUGAGGAUUAGCUUUCUCGAUCACCCUGCUGAAAAAUGGGCUUAUGUGAACGUGACACGAAGGAAAAAAGGGAAAAGAAAGACUUGUAUUUACAUAGCACUUUUCACAACCACUGGAUAUCUCAAAGCGCUUUACAGUCCAUGACUACUCUUUGAAGUUCAAUCAAAUUUUGUAAUGUGUGAAAUGGGAGAGCUAUUGUAAGCUCAGCACAUUCCCACAAGCAGCAAUAUGAUAAUGACCAGGACACCUCCUCUUUUAUGAUGUAGAUUCAGGGAUAAAUAUUGGCCAGGACACUGAGGAAAACUCAAUAGUGCCAUGAGAUCUUUUAUAGCAGACAGAGGGGCGUCAGUUUAACAUCUCAUCCAAAAGACAGUGUGGCAUUCUGUCCAUAUGGCACUGAACUGUCAGCAUGAAAUCUGUAAAUCCAGAGACGCAACUAAGGUUCCAGUGACCGGGGUUCGAAUCCAUGCCAUGGCAGAUGGUGGAAUUUGAAUUCAAUAAAAAUCUGGAAUUAACAAUCUAAUGAUGACUAUGAAUCCAUUAGUUGAUUGUCAGAAAUGCCCAUCUGGUUCGCUUAAGCACCAGAGCGGGCGAUCAGGAAGCGAGUUCCAGGAUUUUGAACCCAUAGUUGCAAAGGGCACACAGAAUCAAACUCCAUAUUGAAGAUUUAGAAUUUCCAGGUCGAUGUUAGUCCUGUCUUCCUUCGUUACCUGGUAUAAUGUAAGCAAGUACAUCCAAUGCCAUUCACACAUUUCAGCAACUCCCUUAUGAGACUGGCAUAUUAUGUUCUGAAGUUUCUGAAGAAAAACGCUGCUUCCCUUUCUAUUGUAUGAAUACAUUCUAAGUCUUUGACGUAGGUGAGGUCCACAGUUUCCUUGCCCACCACAGCAGUGGGAAUGAGAGCUUGCAAGCCAGGAUCACACAGGGAUUAGGGAGUUAAUAAAGAAAUUCCUCAGACUCCACAGUGUCUUUCAGUUAUAGGGGUAAAAACAAUGACUGCAGAUGCUGGAAACCAGAUUCUGGAUUAGUGGUGUUGGAAGAGCACAGCAGUUCAGGCAGAUCUAAAGUGCAGCGAAAUCGACGUUUCGGGCAAAAGUCCUUCAUCAGGAAUAAAGGCAGUGAGCCUGAAGUGUGGAGAGAUAAGCAGAGGAGGGUGCAGGUGGGGAGAAAGUAACAUAGAGUACAAUGGGUGAGUGGGGGUGGGGAUAAAGGUGAUAGGUCAGGGAGGAGA